UGUGUGUGUGCAAGGUGACACGGCGCAACACGCCCUCCCUUCCCUUUCGCUCCCCCCCACCGGCGGCCAUCUAACUACGACUAACCAACUAACUAACAAGUUCACAUAUUGAGUGAGGGUAGUUACAUUUUUAGCCGACGGGGCCUCUUUGGCGACGGCCGUCGCUCAUGCGCGCAUGGCCGUUUUGUUUCAUGACCGCAAGAGAAGGCGGCAAGCACCCAAGCUUCCCGGCAGUCCAAGCCCACGCCAACGGAUGUGGAGAUUUGCACGGCACAUCCGUGUGAUUCGACCAAUUUUCGACCACCGUGCCGCCCCGGUGGUGCUAGCACUUGCCCAAGCGCCAGGAUUCUCACGGCGGCCUAGAGACCGUCCGAUGCUGACAGUGUGUGUCAGCUCUACGCGGUGCGAUGGGCGCUGCAGCGCGCGUCGGAAAGGUCAGCUCUACCUCUCGCACCCCCUCCAUUCCAAAGAGACAAAGUCACCCUGCAGCGUUUUGCAAAAAGCUUGGGGGAAUGGGAGCCGACUCGUGGAGCAGGCGCGCUAGCCGGUUGAGGAAUAUGCAGACCCUGUCCUGUCUUUCUCCACAGCACGCAGAGCUCGAGCCC